UUGAAAUGUAAUUCAUUCCCGUCGCCCUAUCGCACAAGAUGGAUAUCAAACUCUCCAAGCGCAUAUUGCUGCUCGGGCCACGUGGUGCUGGUGCUCUCGACAUUGUCAGAGACCUCACUGGAUCUGCGCCAGAGCCGGACGUGGACGGGUCGACCGCGGGACUAACGCACGAAUGGACCGCCGAAACGACAUAUUACAAAGCGAGAGUACCGGUCUGGAUUGACGAAAUAUCCGACGUACAGUCCUGGAAGUCCGACUUCCUCAAGCCCGAGGCGAAAGAAGUAGUUGGCGCAGUAGGUGCAUGGAUCUACUGCUUCCCGCGACAGGUGGAUGGCAGGAUUAGUGCUGAAGCGGAGGAGACCAUGAAGAGCAUACAGCAAGUGGUAGACGAGCACUCAUACGUCUCAGAAGCUGUUUUCCUUGCCGUCGCGAAGCCCAUGGGCAAGCAGGCUGUGAGCAGAGCAAUCGGAGUUCAGGAAGAGCAGGAAGAUGUGUGCACGCAGUAUGGUUUCGAGUAUGUCGAUUACGGUGCAGCUGGCAAAAACGAGUUCGGUGAGCGGAUGGGUUUCGAGCGACUGAAAGAAGCACUCGAAGCGAACGAGUGGGAGGCAGGAAUGGACGACGAUGUCGAUCUGGACGACCUGGACUUUACAGCCGACGACUUUGGGGAUUUUGGAACCGAAGAGGCAGAAAUGACUGCCGAGCUAUUCGGCAUGAAAGCAGCGCUGAACAACGAGGAUGAAUAUGAUGCGCCUGAAAUCGACUUCACUCCUGCUUCGGAAGCUAUACAAGUUGACGAUCUGGACAAGUUGAUGACCAAAUUGCUCGCGGUGAAAGAGCAGAGCGUGGGCUUGCCCGAAGAGGAACGGAAGAAGAAAGCAGCCAAAGCGGUCAAGGAUAUCAUGGAGGCAAAUCCAAACUUGGACUGAUCAGCACUAGAACGCCACAAAGAUGCAGAGCCAACUCCUUCUUAUGCGACGCGAAAACUCGCUCUUACGGUACGCCGCCAUCCCAGUUGUCCCCGGCGCCGGUAGUCCAGCAGGUGGCACUCAUAAGAAUGCUAGCAGUCCUGCGAGACCGAAGAUUCCCAACGUUCCCACAGCCUCAUACCUGCCAGCACCGUUGCCAUUGCCGCUUUGUGUGCCAGUAGCGUUCAACGCAAUGCCGCUGACCGAAGCAGUAGGCCUAAUUUGGCCGUCCUGGAUGUUCGUGGUCGUGAAUGAAAUGGAGCCAGAAGUUCCAGUGGCGUGUGGGACCGACCAUGCUGCGGUUCCGGUCACAGCUUGAGUGUAGUAGUAGCUGACCUCUGUCUUGUUACCGAUAGGAUCAGCAUACUUGACUGAGGAACUGCCAUCACCAGUGGCAGUUGGCGUAGCAGAAGGUGUCACACCGAUUGCCAUGCUGUAAAGGAAUUCUGCGAGACCGACUGAAGCCGUCGCAGUCGCGGCGCAAUAUGUGGAACUGGCACUCUGAAGUACAGAUUCUGGAAGUGUUCCUUCUAGCUCCAACGAUCCGUGCUUCGCAUAGCAAGCGACGCACCCGGCAAUUUGAUCCCAAAAUGACGAUUCGCAGAUGCAGACGCGCUGGGUGUCGUUGCCCUGGAGUGCCAGUCCGUUAUCAGUGUCGUCUUGACCUGCGGGAGAAUCAUCCUCUUGUCGCUUUUGAUGAAAGCCGUACAUGUUCGCGAGAACCCUAUCGAGAGAUCCAGGCCCGUACAUGCACUGUGCUUGUAUCGCCGUAACCUGUACAUCACGCGUCAGUCAUUGUGCAUCUUGGACAGAUUGACGAGAUGUGCACCUACUGCAUUGCAAGGGACCUCUAGAAUCGGGUCACCACUGGAAUUUUUCGGCGAACAAAUCGACGCUAGGUACGCUUCGUGACCAUUUUGCGCCCUGACCAGACCUGCUCCGACUACAAUGAGAACCGCUGCUGUAGUGUAAAUCAUCAUUGUUUUUUCGAUGUUAGCUCUGCGAUUGCCAACCCAGGUACGAUAAUGUCAGGUAAGGUAGGUAGGUAGGUAGGUAGUUCCAAGAGGGCAGUUCCGUGUCGUGCUACAGUAUUAGUAUGCAGUUUUGUUUUCAAAAUGUUUUUUCACGACAAACACAAACUGCGCAACCGAACGAACGCUCAGGACUCCAAGCAGG